UCGCAUGUUGGAAUGCAACUGCCAACGUGUGGUAACAAUAGACUACCCUAUACCCCAAGCAGUAUCGGUGACGCACUAGCUAACGCCGGUGAAUCUCCGGCGUCUUGAUGGUCAGUUGUUCGCAUCAACGCUCCGACAACGAACAGUUUGCGCCUCUCUGCACCGCCCUCGGCAGCCUUGAUCGCUGGAGAGGAUGAUUGUUGUCAGAGACCCGCGACUACGACAUGGCAUUUGAGGUGUCGUAUGAUCUCGAGAAUGAGCAACAGUUCUGGGAUGAACUCGACGAUAUCGUCUCGACGCGCUGUCACCAGCACGAGAUAAUCGACAACUCGCUGCGAUCCUUCCUUAAUGUCACUACGAAUUAUAGAUCCGAAUACCUCCAAACCGACUUCAGCGUCGCAAAAUGCAUCUUUCGCAUGCUCGAGGGCGACCUCUUUGCCUCAAACAAGGCAUAUGUACGGCGGCAGAUAAUAUAUUGCCUCUUGCAGGAAGAUGAUAACCCUACUCUUCACAUAGUGGCCGCCUUCCUCCUCUACGAUGGUCGCAAUAGCAAAGACGAUGAUAUAUUUGAGAUGAUGCACUCGGAGGGCACAUUUGCUAGACUUGUUGAGUUGGUGCAAACGCCGAGCGUGCAAGAGGAGACCACUCUGCAUCAACUACUUCUACAACUGCUCUACGAAUCUUCACGGGUUCAGCGAUUGACGUGGGACGACUUUUCUGCGGUGAAUGACGCCUUCAUUAUCUACCUGCUGGAGAUCAUAGAAGGUGCUUCCGACGAUGCUGACGAUCCAUACCACUAUCCUGUGAUACGCGUUCUGUUGGUUUUGAACGAACAGUACCUUGUAGCGUCAACUAGCCGUCAUAGCGAUGGACGACCUGGAAUAACGAAUCGGGUCAUCAAAGCUAUCUCGACUCACGGAAUGACCUACAAAACUUUCGGAUGCAACUUGAUUCUUCUUCUGAACCGCGAGUCGGAGACCUCCCUUCAGCUUCUAAUCCUCAAAGUGCUUUACCUUCUCUUCGGUAAUCCUUCCACGGCCGAAUACUUUUACACCAACGAUCUUCAUGUCCUGGUCGACGUCAUCCUUCGAAAUCUUAUAGAUCUACCACAUGAUUCGGCUGCUGCAAACGCAUUACGACAUACCUACCUCCGCGUUCUAUACCCGAUACUCAUGCACAGCCAAAUCAGCAAGCCACCACAUUAUAAGCGUGAAGAACUAUUGCGGCUCCUUCACCUCCUCGUCUCAAGCGGUAAUCAUUUUGCUCCCGUUGACGAGACCACCGUACGACUUGUGAACCGAUGUACUAGUGUGCAAUGGUUACAGCCUCCCGCUGCCACCGCGGAACACGGCUCGACCAAUGGCAAUGGUACCACAAACUCACCGGUAGACCAUGUGGCGAACGGUCAGAAAGAGUACGCACGACGAGCGCUGGGCAUGACUGUGCAAGGUAGUAGCGAGAGCUCGACGAGCGUCUUGGAGAUCGCAGGUCACACUGCACAACCUGGCGUGCAAACGCCAAGUAUGUCAAAGGUGGCGCAAUAACACGUCGGAAUGUUCUGAAGCUAUGUUGAGCGACAGGCGUCUUGUGAUCGUUAUUUAGUGGUUGCGCGGAGUCUGGCGAAGUCCCUUAUCAGCGAGUUCAGAUAUCCACACGU